GAGAGAAGGUAACUGCAGCUGAAUAUGUUUGUUGACAUUCAGUCGUCGUUGGAUGUUUGCGGAGUGUGAAUCGUUUUUCAGAGUCCCUGACUGAAGCUGGUGCAGGAUGGACUCCAGUGGGAAACCCUCCACGGUCCAGAUUGUAGUUCUAGCCACCAGCUCGGCUCUGACAGCUCUGUUCUACUCCAUCUAUCGCAACAGAGUGACAGCAGUCACCAGGUUAAAGGAAGCUAAGAAAGUCUCCAUUGACCAGGACUUGAAGAACUUGCUUUCUGAAACUCCAGGAAGAUGUGUCCCCUACGCUGUCAUAGAAGGUGUGGUGCGAUCCGUGAAGGAAACGCUCAGCAGUCAGUUUGUGGAUAACUGCAAGGCCGUGAUCGAGAGACUGACGCUGAAGGAGGAGAAGAUGGUGUGGAAUCGCACUACUCACAUAUGGAACAGCACGGAGAAAGUCAUCCACCAGCGCACCAACACAGUCCCCUUUGGGCUUGGGUCACAUGACGAAGGCAUCGACACCACAGUCCGGAUUAUUCGACCACUCGAGGCCGCGGAAUUGAACCUUGAGACCACCUACGAGAACUUCCAUCCCACCGUCCAGUCCUUGUCCAGCGUCAUCGGCCACUUCAUCAGCGGCGAGCGACCCAAAGGCAUCCAUGAGACAGAAGAGAUGCUGCGAGUGGGCGACAGCGUCACCGGCGUGGGCGAGCUGGUCCUCGACAACAACCUUGUCAAGCUGCAGCCUCCCAAGCAGGGAUUCACCUACUUUCUGACCCGCUCUGACUUUGAGUGCCUGCUGAAGAAGCAGAGCAACAGCGUGAGACUGUGGCGGAUCCUGACGGCCGUCUGUGGCCUGGCGGCGUGCUCCAUGUUGUUUUUCAUUCUGUGGAAGCAGUACAAACUCCGAAGACAGCGGCAGAAGGAGCAGAGCGCGAUGGAAGAGUUCAAGGAGCAGCAGAAGAAGCGCAUGAAGGAGCUGAACUUGGAGGAGAGCAGUGUGUCGGCCAACAGCUGCAGCGUCUGCUUCAGCCGCCAGCGCUCCUGCGUCUUCCUGGAGUGCAGUCAUGUCUGCACCUGUACGCCGUGCUACGACCUGCUGCCUGAGCCAAAGAAGUGCCCCAUCUGCCGGGCCAACAUCGACCGCGUGGUGCAGCUCUACAUGAGCUGAUCGCACUGCUGCGAGGAGCUGAGACUCGCUGCUACAAAUGUGAUCAUGUGAGAGACUCAGUCACGUAAAGCUGACGAAUAAAUUCACAACUAUAGGAGGAUGUUGUGGUGUGUGAGUAUACAGAUUUAAAUAUUUAUCUGAGUCCUAAUGCACAAACGUAUCAGAAACUAUCCGCAAUUGUUCUGUU